GAUCUUUAUUCUUUCCAGACUAUGAGAAGACAAAGAAAUGAAGUUGUUGUGGAGUUGAGAAAGAACAAAAGAGAUGAGCAUCUCCUAAAGAGAAGGAAUGUCCCCCAUGAAGAUAUCUGUGAAGAUUCUGAUAUAGAUGGGGACUUCAGAGUGCAAAACACUUCUUUGGAGGCAAUAGUACAGAAUGCUUCAAGUGACAACCAGGGUAUUCAGUUAAGUGCUGUGCAGGCAGCAAGGAAGCUGCUGUCCAGCGACCGCAAUCCACCCAUCGAUGACCUAAUAAAAUCAGGAAUAUUACCUAUCUUAGUGCACUGUCUUGAAAGAGAUGACAAUCCUUCCUUACAGUUUGAAGCUGCGUGGGCUUUGACAAACAUCGCCUCUGGAACCUCGGAACAAACCCAGGCCGUAGUUCAAUCCAAUGCUGUGCCGCUUUUCCUGAGACUGCUGCAUUCACCUCAUCAAAAUGUUUGUGAGCAAGCAGUGUGGGCUUUAGGAAAUAUCAUAGGUGAUGGACCCCAGUGUAGAGAUUAUGUCAUUAGUCUUGGAGUAGUGAAGCCACUGCUGUCCUUCAUCAGCCCCUCCAUCCCCAUCACCUUCCUCAGGAACGUCACCUGGGUCAUGGUCAACCUGUGCCGCCACAAAGACCCCCCUCCACCGAUGGAAACCAUCCAGGAGAUCCUGCCGGCGCUCUGUGUUUUAAUUCACCACACGGAUGUAAAUAUAUUGGUAGAUACAGUCUGGGCCCUCUCCUAUCUCACGGAUGCUGGCAACGAGCAGAUCCAGAUGGUGAUAGACUCUGGAAUUGUCCCUCACUUGGUUCCUCUCCUCAGCCACCAGGAAGUCAAAGUCCAGACGGCUGCACUGAGAGCCGUGGGGAACAUCGUCACUGGCACCGAUGAGCAGACACAGGUGGUUCUCAACUGCGAAGCUCUCUCACAUUUCCCAGCACUUCUGACACAUCCCAAAGAAAAAAUUAAUAAGGAAGCAGUGUGGUUCCUAUCUAACAUCACUGCAGGAAACCAGCAGCAAGUUCAGGCAGUAAUAGAUGCAAACCUUGUUCCAAUGAUAAUCCAUCUUCUAGAUAAGGGGGAUUUUGGGACUCAGAAAGAAGCUGCUUGGGCAAUAAGCAACUUAACAAUCAGUGGGAGAAAAGACCAGGUGGCUUACUUAAUUCAACAAAAUGUAAUUCCUCCCUUUUGCAAUUUGCUGACAGUAAAAGAUGCACAAGUUGUGCAAGUGGUUCUGGAUGGACUAAGUAAUAUAUUAAAAAUGGCUGAAGAGGAAGCAGAAACCAUAGCCAAUCUUAUAGAAGAGUGUGGAGGCCUGGAGAAAAUUGAACAGCUACAAAACCAUGAAAAUGAAGACAUCUACAAACUGGCUUAUGAGAUCAUUGAUCAGUUCUUCUCUUCAGAUGAUAUUGAUGAAGAUCCAAGCCUUGUUCCGGAAGCGAUCCAAGGCGGAACAUUCGGUUUCAAUUCAUCUGCCAAUGUACCAGCAGAAGGGUUCCAGUUUUAGAGUGGUAUUUUGGAAGUUUAGGUACAAUGCAGCACCGAAUAAAAAAAAAAAAAAAAGGUUUGAUCCAUCAAUCUUGGCUCAUGGGAUCCGCUGCUGCAUUAAAUCGGGGAAGUAAAUGUGAA